AUUUGCUCAUCUGUAUAGUUUUGUAUUGUAGUUGCUGUUUUCUUCACAGUACUUGAUCAGAAAAUCGGGUAAAAUCGUUAAAAACCCUAAUAAAAUAUGCUCAGGAAGCAUUUGCAGAAGUUGGAAAAUCGAACAUUAAUGGACCAGACCUGAAAUUCGGUAGCUAUAUGCCCUGCAGGUGGAACUUUACUUACAGAAAGAAAGUGAAAAAGACGGGCGAAUAGCACUGGUGCACCUCUAUCAAUUUGCCAGGCAUGCAUCGGCCCGAUGAAAACGAUCUUAUUUUUAGAGCAUGACUCACCCUCACCUGCAGCCAGUCGUAAGAUCUGUGGAAACUGUUAGGGGAACACCAACCAGAUGUCCAAAUUUUCCAGCAGCCAGAGAAAUGCCUUCGCCGUGUCCGAGCCCCCAGUAAGCAGGAAAACCCAAGAGCCACGGAUUAAGCAACGAGAGCCCCUGGUCUUCUUCAUCAUGCGACUGAACCUGAAAGCCGUGCUGCUCAUCCUUACCGUGGCCGUGGUGGUAAUCACCCUGGGCGUCUACAUGCGCUGCGCCGCGUUCUCCUUCUCGCGGGAUUUGGUGCGGCCAUUGGACCGGGCAGCCAGGCCGUCCCUCAACGGCGGAGAAACCACCGUUCUGCAGGACAUAGAAUGCUCCAUCAACCAGGAGUACAGCGUGCACUGCAAGCGGGACGAGAACGCCAAUGAGGUGUACGUGCCGUUUUCCUUCCUGCGUAACUACUUCGAUGUCAGCGGAGCGGUCUCCACCAGUGGCAGCGAAGUGGCCAGGUUCAACUGGAUGCACAGCACAGCCAAGGUGAACCUUCCCAAGGGCAAGUACGAUGCGCGCGGCGUCUUUAUGUACUUCGAGAACUACAACGUGGAGGUGCGCGACCGCGUGAAGUGCAUCAGCGCCGCGGAGGGAGUGCCGGUCAGUACGCAGUGGGAGAAGCGCGGCUACUUCUACCCCACGCAGAUUGCCCAAUUCGCAUUGUCGCACUACAGCAAGAAUCUCACGGAGCCGGCCCCGAGAGUGCGCGUGCUGGAGGACGGCGACGGAAACCAGAUUGACUGGAGCACGCCCAAGACCAGCAACAUGACACGCAUUUGGCACCACAAGUUCAACACAAGUGUGGUCCAGUUCGAGACGGCACCUGGCUAUGAGGGCGCUAUUAGCAUCGCCCUCAAUCACACGCUGGACCUGCUGCUAAGCGUGGACCUACUACUGGUCACCAACAGUAGCAGCCUGAUGGUUACCGUCCAGAACCGGGACACCCGGCACAGCUACACCCUCCACUACAUACCCGCCGACCUGCUGCUGAGCGUGCAGGACUCGAACAUCUACUACGGCUUGGGAGGAUCGGCGCUAAACAAGUGGCGCCACAUCACUCGGGACCUGCACAUCGACGUCCAGAAGGGCAUCGUCCUGGGGGAUAAGCGCUCGCCGCUAAAGAUUCGGCGCUCCGACCUGGAAGUCCUAUCCAUCGGCUUCCUGGGUCUGGGCUUCUACGACAACAUCACUCUGUCCACCAGCGACCACAUGGCUCACUUCUACGACGCGGCAGAGUGGUUCGUCCACAAUCAGGACCCCAAGACGGGUGGCUGGGCCAAUCCCGUGCGUCGCAGCCUCAACGGCUUUGCCGAGCUGCGUCCGGGCUGGAUAUCAGCUAUGGGGCAGGGUCACAGCAUUUCGGUGCUGGCACGCGCUUACUGGCACUCUGGCGGGGAUGAACGCUACCUUCGGGCGGCCGCAGCCGGACUGCAACCUUACAGGGUCUACUCACGGGACGGCGGUGUUCUGGCGCAGUUCAUGGACAAAUUCUACUGGUACGAGGAGUAUCCCACAACGCCGCCCUCGUAUGUACUGAACGGAUUUAUAUAUUCUUUGCUGGGUCUCUACGAUCUAAACAGCACGGCUCCUGUCAAAAUCGCCCGCGAGGCUGGAAAGCUGUUCACCCAGGGCAUGUACUCGCUGAAGAAGAUGCUGCUGCUUUACGACACUGGUUCCGGUACCAGCUACGACCUGCGUCAUCUAAGCCUAGGCGUGGCCCCGAACUUGGCGCGCUGGGACUACCAUGCGACGCACGUAAAUCAACUACUGCUGCUGGCCACCAUCGACAGCGAUCCACUGAUCGCGCAAACUGCAGAGCGCUGGAAGGGAUACAUGUUUGGCAAGCGGGCCAAGCACAACUGAGAAUUAAGGAAUCUGGCGGCCUACCGCCGUCGAAAAAGUGAUAUUUUGUAGAACUUACGUAUAGUGCUUAACCAUUCUAAAUGGUUGCACCUGGCGCUAUGCCCUUCCCACACCAACACACUCGUGACCCAGGAAUAAUUUCGAGUUUCUCUUGUGUUAUUAGCGCACUCGACCUUGUGCUAUAGUCCUAAUUUGGCUCGUCUAACUAGGCGCCUAGUGUUAAGCUAUUGUACCUUUGUCUUUGAUUGCAUUAUCAGAUGUUGGCCUCGUCUUUAUACAUUUGUUGAUCCCCUAUUGAUAGCUUAAUUGUUUUGCCAAUAUCUAGUAAUGAACAUUUAACACUUACUGUUUUAGUCAAACUUUUUUACUGCGCAAACUAAGUAGAGUUCGUUACUACACUCCCCUGUAUAAAGUAAUAUAGAGAGCUUAGCAUAAUAGUUGUAGAUCGUAGGUAGUAUGUAUCUGUUAGAUACCAACUUAGACUCUUGGAUUUAGCCUCCCCUGCAGAGGUUAUAGUAGCGAUCCCACUAAAUACUAACUGCCCUGACCCCAAAUAAUAUAUUCUAACGAUGCACGAUAAUAACGACUUCUAUAUGGUAAGCCUGUAAUGUAAUGUACUGUAGCGUAUGCCACUUGAGGAUAUUAUGUAUUUCUCGCAACUUAAACGAUGCCAUUCCAAACCUAAUUUUAUUUUAAUUCCUAAGUUUUUAACAGAGGAGCUGUCAAUUAAGAAACAUAAUAUACCAUUUUGAAUGUAAUCUGUGUAAUCGUUAUUUGUGGCCCACUACUAAUCCCGAAACGAGACUGUUAAAGAAAAUUAUUAAUUUCGAGAAUUAUUUUAAGUAAACAAAUUAAAGUACUUAAUUUAUGUUCUUUGUA